UGCAGGUCGCGCUGGAGCUGAGCAUGUGGAUAAUUUUAGCCGGCGUGUCGUUACUUACGGCCGUGCUGUUCACGUUGGACGACGUGUAUCGUGUCGAAGCGGAUUCUAAGAGCGAGCACAAAUAUUCACGCAUCGCUACAUCUGAUAAGGACGAUAAUAAAGUUUCCAGCGACGCUGGUCUCGCGCCAACCGCGAAAAAGAGGAAAAUUGUUCGGAGCACAUAGAGUACAAAUUACCCCGCAAUAAAUUAACGUCACGAUGAGCCGACGUGACAGCGGUUUGCUCGCCGUUGUUGUUCGCAGCGUCUACGGGCGUAAUCGUUGAUCUCGCGUUACCUUCGCGCUACGCGAUAAACUCCAGCCGCGGGACCGCUCAUUAACAAAUGCGAAAGUUUCGCAAUAACCCUCCGGAUUCGCAAACGAUGCUCUGCGAUGGGCAAACAUAAUGCCGAGUCAUUGCGAAACAGCCGGUUGAUAUAUAGAGCAACGGCCAAAAUUCUCGCGUGUAUUGUGACUCAGCUCGUUAAAUUUGGCGCAUCAUUGUCGAGAGAAGAAAUCAUGUGGGUGACAAAGGUGUUUUCCCUCUUUGUAGCUGUAUGCGUAGUGAGUUCGAACGCUUACAACAUGAACAGAGGUUUCGAGGAUAUGUUGGGUUCGACUUUCACGAAUCUCGAGCAAAAUGCGAAGAAUAUGGCCAGCAAUAUCAAGAACACCAUCAGCACGCAGAGCAAGACCAUGACUAAUUACAUAAACAACAUAAAGAACGAGACAGAUAUCGCGAUACACCAAGCUGGCAAACAUUAUAUGCUGGAUACCAUAUUUCACAAAAUACAGGAGUUUCUGGAAGAAAAGCUCGCUUACUUGAAGUCUCUCUUCGUAGGUAGUAGCACAUCAAACAAGUAUGCUCUCAAGAUAUUUCAAUUCUCUAACUUAAACAGCCCUUUCAAUCCUCUCAAAAAUCUAAAAAACUUGAGAGACGAGAAAAUAUUUGGAAUCUUCUUAGGAGGGAACACGUUGAUCGCAAUACCGGAUUCGACGGAAACCGAAUCAACGGAGGUGAAUAAGGACAACGAGUCCGCAGAUUCGGCUACUUCAGAAAAGACAUCGCAAUUGAAGGAAGUGGAAGACUCCACGUAACAAGCUUCCAGUUAACAAGCCUUCAAUGUAGCAAGUCGUAGAACCGACGUAUCUCCGACGAUUAAAUCCAUAAAACGAGAAAUUAAAUUCGAACCAAUCAUAUAUACUAUUAUUAUCAUAUUGUUCCUACAAUUAUCGAUCUUAUAUGUGAACCUGUGCGAAGGUCAACGUAAAUUUACUUCAAGUUAAUAAAUUAGCCACGUGGAUCAUAAAACAGCACACCUAAAUUGCUCUGGUCUAUCGAGCUCCGUGAAUCAUGUCAUACCAGCGCAGACGUGCAGUCCGACUUCCAGUGAUGUGAUAAGAAGCAGACCACUGCUCCGUCUUUGUAGAAUGUUCUUGAGAGGAAAUGCUCUUUCAAUUUUACCGUAGCUACAAACGACAAACCGAGUCACAAAUGACAAACCGAGCUACUACCGAUUACCGAUUGCGUGAGAGCCUCGUGAAACAAAGCCCGUGAGACCGCGCGAGCCGGAGGAAGAUACUAAGAUAAGAUACUUCAAAUAAUACUUUCUUUUAUCUAGAACAAUAUCGAUCGCGGCCGUUAUAGUCGCAAUUGCAACGACGGUGAUACCGUCGCGAUGGACACUACCACGGCAAAGGCGCUACCGUGAUAACUACGAGUCUGAAUGACCGUCCAAUUAGACCGUCAGUGAUUAGCUUCGCGAGGAAUGCAGCAACGUCACCGAUGUUUCAGUCGCGUAUUCCAGUCGUAAUCUGACACUUAAAACCACACUGACAGAAAAAGAGACAGUGAUAGCAACUAUACGAUAGUUGUACGAGUUUUGUAUGUAGAAUUAAUAUAUAAAGUUUAAUACAUUAUUCUGUAAUUAUUACAACUGAUUCACUGAGAAAAAAAAAUCUAAAAAAUAAAAAAAUAUUUAUUCGCUGUGUACUGAUAACACAUAUUUACUUAUACUAAUAUAAAGUAUCUUCAAAUGAGAAAAUAUCUUCUAAUAUAAAAUAUCUUCAAAUAAAAAAUAUCUUCAAAUAAAAAAAAUAUACGUUUUCUUCAAAUCUCAGUUUUCCGUGAAAGUAAUUGUUUAUUCUAUUUAAAUGAAGUAAUGUAGACUAAAUGCAUUAUUAAUAUCCAACGAGUAAAUAUUUUUUCAUCUUUCAAAUAUUUUUUUCUUUCAGUAUAUUAAUUACGUAGUUUUUCUAACUAUCCAGCUUUAGUUGCAAUAACACACACUUUACGAAAUAUUUUAUUAAAUUAUAUACAUCAGUUCUGUACAUAAAACUCAUGCAGUUGCUAUUACAAUUUUUGGCCCGACUAUUAAUAGCCGUUACUCAAAACUUGACCUAUGUGAGAUCAAGUCUGAAUUUAGAAUUAGAUGAGUUUUUUGUUUAAAUCAUAUCUAAUAUACGCAAAAUUACACUCCAGUUGGAAAACUCAAUCUAACUCCAAAUUAAGGUUUAUUGAUUUUUGUUAUCAGUAAUUUAUAUUGAUCAUGUUAUAUAUAUUAAUAUUUGUCAUUUAGUGGCUUAUGCGAGACUCUCAAAUUUUUAUUCUGAAUUAGAUUUCCAAGUUUUUCAGUUGAAUGUCGAUAUAUGUAACACUUACAUCUCAAUUCAGAUUCCAUUGGAAAAGCUUUCAUCUGACUCUAAAUUAAAAUCUAAGUAUCUCUUGAGAUUUGAGACUAAAUAUCACUUGAGAUGAGUUUCAAAUAAUAACUAUUAACCUUGUAUUGUUCACUGUGACUCACAUUUCAUCAUUAUUUAUCUCCAAUAUGAAUGUUUUUCUUAUCUUAAUCGAUAUUACAUGAUGCAUAAUAUGGCUGCUUUCUUUUAGUAUAUUGACAGCGAUAGUAACUGUUCAACGUGAUCUUAGAGUCACAAAUCUAUUUUGAGGAAAUAAAAAAUUAGAAAUGUAAAAUUUUACCUUAUAUGUAUUGAGUACUUCAGUUUCAAACAACCUAUGUAUAUGACAAAUUUUUUAAACGUGAGAAAUUGACUUGGAUAGCAAAGAGUUAAUAUGCGCCUAACUCUGUGAGUGUCUCACCUGAGGCAGGCUCCAAACAACGAUUAUAUAAUACGGAUCUUCUUCUCCGGCUAUAGGCCGGAUGUAUUUCAAUAACAAUGUUCAGCACGUGUAUGACUUAUUAUGUGCCCCCAUAGGGGCACGCACAAACUAGUCGAGAGUUCUUCACUUUAUUAUGUGGCGCGCGAGUAAAGCCUCUCGAUAAAGAUAAGCCUCCUUGUGAAAGAGCAUGCGUAAUGCACGACCACUGCGAUUCACAGGCAGUCGAGUGCCGAUAAGCGAGCGACGUGCACGAUCGCGACGCCGAUCGCCAACCGGUUUAUUCAUUAAUUCCCUACUCCACUAAGAGCAUUUGAUUCGUGUUGUCGGUAACUCGAACGCCGGAACAGCGCUGUGUAUAUUAAUCGAUACUCGGUGUUGGACCUCAGUAGAUCGAGCGGACCCAACAGCUCGCGAGCGUCGCUACAAUUUAUAGUGUGUGAGUGCGUGCAACUGUGCGUGUGACCGCGCGAAAUUUUCAAAUUCUCCCGCCCCCACAAAAGAUACGCUGUACUGAAGUGGCACCAUGUACGUCGCGGCGCUCGACAUCGGCACCACCACGGUGCGCUUCCACGUCCUGAAUAAGGCAGCUGAAACGGUGGCUUCCUUAUCGCAGAAGGUUUGUCACGAUCGAUCGCUUGCGAAUUUUCGCGUUCCUCCAACAGUCGAGCGACAGAUUGUCGGAACAGUAGCGUGGCCGCGUAGCAUAGAUAAUUUAAAGCAGGGUGUAUAAGCGUCGAUAAGAGGCAAGUAGGACGAACAAACAAAUAAUUAGCACGCAAUAAUCACAAAUAAUUAUCACAACCGAUGUUAUCGAGUUGUUUUUACUAUUACAUAAUGGUUAUCUUUUUUUACCGCAAUUGAUGUAAGUCGGAAACACAUCGAGGCCUGAAUGGGAUUCUAAAUAGCGUGAGAGGGAACGUUAGUUAAGUUUCAAUGUAAUGCUUAUGUUAUAUUCAAUUCAUAUUAUAUUCUUGAUAUGUAUUCAACACAAAUAAAAGACAGAGGCGGAGCGAAAUGAGAAACACGAGGAGGUUGAAUAGAAGAAUCAAGCUAAAGUUAGAAGUCAAUGAACAAACAUUAUGCCUAUUCCUUUUACCUGAACUGUUUGAACUGGUGUACAGUCACGGACAAUAAGGUUGGCUGGUUUUAACUUCGCGCCAUUCAAAUUCAUCUCAUUGAACUGAAUCGCAUGAAGUCAAAACCAAUCAAUCUUAUUGUCCGCGACUGUACACUGGUGCAAUAAAUUAGAGCGAGACAAAUAUAUUUUUUUCACUCUAAUUUAUUACACCAGUCUACACCAGUUCAGACAGUUCAGCUAAGAAGAACAGACCUAAUAAUCUCGAAAUUGAAAAGAGAAUCGAGGAGACGACUGCUCCCGUGCUUCGAUAAUAUUGCGUUGUUAUUCCUUAUAGUGCGUUGUCGGUCGCAAAUAAAAAAUAUGAUAGAA